UGCGGAAUGACCGACAAUGAGAAUAGAAUGACGGAAUGUGAUUUGUGAUUGUGUACAAUUUGUGACGGACGCCUCGGCCGACAGCUCAUCGUAUUGUUUUGUGGGAUAUUUGUUUUAUAUUCUAGACAAUCCAGUGUUUUUUCUAUUACUGCAUAAAGUGUCAAUAUGUGGGAUCCGACACAUGUUCAAGUAACAGUGCAAAAAGCUAGAGGAUUGCUAAUAAAAGGCAAAAACGGCACGAAUAACUGUUUUGUUACAAUCUCUCUCGGCAAAGAAAAAUUUCAAACUUCCGUUAAACACAAGGCAACAGAGAAUGUCGAAUGGUUCGAGGAAUGUGAAUUACGCAUCCCUACGCAAGGGAAUACAGCAGAGAUAGUUUUGAAAGUCUACGACGAGGAUUUCGUUAAGGAUCACUUAUUGGGUCAAGUAUCGAUUCCGUUAAAAGACCUCGAUGUGUACGAACGACCAAGAAAUCGUGUGUAUCCCUUACGCGGAAAAGCUGGUAAAGAAAAUGACAAGAGCAGGGGUGAGUUGGAAGUAAAAAUAGGCUUCACUGUUAAAGAAGGAAGCUUAAACGAUCUAAGUAAGAAAGAGAAACACAAAUCUUCUUUGUCAAGUAUCGCCCAGAAUGUUGGUGGCAGCCUCAUGAGUAUUGGUAGUAUCGAGAAACGUAAGGGCUUAAAGAAAUUUGCAAAGAAUCUGGGUUCCAAAAUUAAUCUAACAAAAAAAGAUAAGAAGAGUGACUCAUCCUCUCUAGGCGGCAGUGUCGGUAAUCUAAGGGCCUCUGUGCUAUCAACACCUGAUACUUCUACACCAAAAAGGUUGCCCACCGAAGCAGAUCCAGGUGUAAUAAGUGAGGACGAAGAUGAAUUUGCUUUCGAUGAUUUAUCACACAAAAGUUCUGGUAGUUCACUCAAUGUACAGACCUCAUACAUGCCCAGGACAGUAAAAUAUACGCCAUCCCCAGUCAAUGCUUCUUUGGAAAAUCUUGGUGGGGGAGAAUUUUUAAGGCGUUCCACCAGCAGCAACUUAGUGAAUACUGAGAAAACAGCUCCUCUCAAACCUGUCCGUUUAAGCCUAGACACAUUCACAGCACCACAAUUACCAGUGCAGGUGCCUGAUAAAAAUGAUGAGUGGUCCCAGAAACUGUAUCCAAGAAAAUCCAUUAGUCAAACUAUGAUAGACAGGGAAAAAUCUUCAAGUCUAGAGAGAAACAAAAAAUUAGAUAGCCCUAGUUCCCUUAAAGAAAAGCCUAGUCCAAAAUUCUUCAAAAAAUUUGGCAACAGUAAACCUAAGAAGUUGCUAGAAGAACGUAUAAUAGUAGGAGAGGAGAAUAUUGUUGAAGAAGAUUCUAUGAACCUUGCAUUCAGUAAUAUACCAAAAUCAGUAGUACAACAAUUUGAUAGUAUGAGUCGUGAAGAUCUUAUUGUUAUGGUGUACAAUUUACAAAAAGAUGUUGAAUCAGAAAAGAAAAAGAAUAAAGAUCUAGAAAAUUAUUUAGAUGAAUUGCUACUAAGAGUGAUGGAAACAACACCAAGGAUCCUUCAGAACCCCUACGUCAGGAAUAAUAGCAUGCAUAUCAGAAAUAAGUAAAAGUUAUUUCUAUAGCAUUGGAGUGUGCUAUUAGUGUAACUAAAUCUUGUAUAAAAAUUUUGUUUCAAAACAUCUCAACUCAAUAUUUUUGUAACUCAAUGAGAUUAUCUUUGUUAUACCCAUAACUUUAUUAAAUUGAAUGUGAUGACAGAAAAAGUUAUCACUUAAAAUAAACAUCUAGUUCUUAGAUCUUAUUAGUUUCUGAAACUAAAGAAAUAAGAUGUCAAUUAACUAAAUUACUUAUUCCUAUGUAUACAUAAUGAUAUUCUUAGCAAUAUUUACUAUUAUAUUAAUUAGGCCUAAAGUCCUAAACUGUGCCUUAUCAAUUUGUAAAAUUUACUUAUUAAUUUCAUGUUAUUACUAAAAACAACAGGCAAUAUAUAAUUGCUAAUUAGUAUUCAUCAAAAUAAUCAUACAUGAUUAAUUUAUUCCAUUUUGCAUGUUAUUUUAAGUUAUUUUUCUGCAGUUAUUGCAGCUUUUUGUGAUUGUAGAUUCCCAUAGGAUUUGUCUUUGCUGUGCCAAAAUAUUCAAACUGGAAAUAUUUCACAUGCAUGAGCUAACAUAGUUAUGUAGAACAAAAAGUUUUCUUUAUAACUAUCUCAUUAAAAGUAUCUCAUCUGAUAAUAUUUUGAUACUGAUGUAAAGGACAUUGAAUCAUACAAAAUUAUUGUCACCUACAUCAAUAAUAUUAUUUAAGUAUAUUUUACCUACCUAUAUAACUAUAACUGGAAGGAAAAAUAGUAUAAUUAAUAACACAGAUUAUUGCUUUUAAUGAGCUGUGGUUAUUAAAUAUUGUUGUAUUUAUUAUUAAUAGUGCAAAUAUAGGGUGCAUGGAUACCCUUGUGCAAUAUAAAUUAGAUUAAGCAUUUAUUAUACAUAUUUUGAAAGAACCAAUUACCUUAAAAAUAUAGAAUAAGUUGUUUUAAAAAGCCUAUCUAAUUCUAAACUCAUAUAUUUGGUAUAAUUUUACAGUUGUUUAAGAUUUAUAAACAACAUGCAUUGGUUUGUUUUCGAUUAUUACUAAUUGUAAAGAAACUAUCUAUGUAUGUUUGAGCCAAUCAACAAUUAUACAGACAAGUAUCUGUUGAUCAAGAUAAAUUAGUCAUUAUAAUACAUAAAUCUUAAAUUGAUUAUAUUUAAUAGAACUGAUUAGAUAGUGCUUGUGUUUUCCAUAAAAUAUAUUUUUGAUGUUCUAGAAAUGUAGUAUACAAAUUAUUAACUAUAGGAUAUUAAGAUGUAUGUUUUUUUCAUAUGGUAGAUGUUUUUAUUUGAAAUGUUAGUACCCAUAUGUUGGAAUAAUUUCUUACUAUAUUUCAAAUUUUAUUUGAGUAGAUUCUUACAUGCUAAAUUUAUAUUAAUAAUAUUUAAUUUAGCUUACCUAUAAAUCAAACAGCUUAUACAUAACUUGUUUUGUGUCUUACUCAGUAGUCAGAAAAUAAGUUAAAUUGUGUAAUCAUUUGAACUAACUUUCCGACUCUGUAUAGCCCAUUACAAUCAAGACCGUUUUUUCGUCCUAUUCCGUCCUAUUCUCUUAUUUCGUAAAUCAAAUCUAACCUACAAGCUUCCACCCCUUUAGCUAUGUAUUUUCUGAAAAUGCUUUCUUAGUUCGUUAAAUAUAGAACUGCUGUUCAUAAUGUCUAGACCCACCAAUGUCUCAUAAGUGCACUCUUUGUAAAUUUUGUAUGGACAUAACAGAGUCCCAAUCAAUAGCAAAGUUACCAAAAUGAGAGGCAAUUCUUCUACGAACCAAUGUUAAAUUGGUGUAAAAAAGAAAAAUUUUAGUACUUUUAUCAGCCAAUUAGGCCUAGUGGAUUUAACUUCUAAUAGUAAUUAACCAUUAUUAACAACACUCUAUUUUAAAUUACCUACAAUAUAAUUCAAGAUUUUUCCUCUAAACCUUACCAUGUUAUUUACUUAAUCUUCAUCCCACAUGUAAGUAUCAAAUGUUAGAAGCAGGCAUCUCUUGAGUAGCGCUAAAGUUUUCUUGCCCCUAAAAUUUCUCAUCCAAUUAAUACCGUCCACUAUCGUCUAAUAUCGUCGAUCUAUAUACUUAGUAAUUGAGAGUACUGUGCAACGUUUAUCGAGACACUGUCAUCACUAGGGUAUCUUAUAUUCUGCUUCUGCCAAUGAUAAUAAAUUAAUAAUUCUACCCUGUGAAGACAAAAUCUUCCGAAAGUGGUAAUUAAACUACUGACUCUUAAAUAUUUUUAGUCAACAACUAAAUGGUAAGAGAUAAGUAUGUUUACGUUAUUUAACAAUAUUUUUAAGAAUUCUCAUCAUCCACUAUCAUAUUUUUAUGUUAAUAAAGUGA